CUGGUUGGCGAAGGCGUGCACGGCAGCUCCGCUGGAAAGUGGUUGCUGGCGUAGCGGCGGGCCAGGCAGAGGCAUUCCGAGGGCUUCUUGGGCGGCAUGUCGGGAACCCGGGCAGCGGCGGCAGCAGCGGCUGCAGCAGCGGCGACGGCAGCCUCCAACGACCGCGCCCCUCACCCCGCCGCCGCGGCUGGAGGCGGCGGCGGCGGCCUGAAGCGGCUGCGGAGCGAGCCGGGCGGCAACCGGGUGACGGUGGUGCUGGGCGCGCAGUGGGGGGACGAAGGCAAAGGCAAGGUGGUGGACCUCCUGGCCACCGAGGCCGACCUCGUCUGCAGGUGCCAGGGUGGAAAUAAUGCAGGCCAUACAGUGGUUGUUGAUGGGAAAGAAUAUGAUUUUCACCUUUUUCCUAGUGGCAUAAUUAAUACCAAGGCAAUUUCUCUCAUUGGUAAUGGCGUUGUUAUACAUUUACCAGGCUUGUUUGAAGAAGCGGAAAAAAAUGAGAAAAAAGGUUUAAGAGACUGGGAGAAAAGACUCAUUAUAUCAGACAGAGCACAUGUUGUCUUUGACUUUCACCAGGCAGUUGAUGGACUUCAAGAAGUGCAGCGGCAAGCACAAGAGGGGAAAAACAUUGGCACGACAAAGAAAGGAAUUGGCCCAACCUAUUCUUCCAAAGCUGCGCGGACGGGGCUUCGUGUUUGCGAUCUUCUUUCGGACUUCAAUGAAUUUUCUUCAAGAUUCAAGAAUCUGGCCCACCAGUACAAGUCAAUGUUUCCUUCUUUAGAAGUUGACACGGAGGGACAGCUGAAAAAAUUAAAGGCGUAUGCUGAAAAAAUAAGACCAAUGGUCCGAGAUGGUGUUUAUUUUAUGUACGAAGCACUGCAUGGCUCUCCAAAGAAAAUUCUUGUGGAGGGUGCCAAUGCAGCCCUGCUUGACAUUGACUUUGGCACCUACCCUUUUGUGACAUCAUCAAACUGCACCGUUGGCGGCGUCUGCACAGGGCUUGGGAUUCCUCCUCAGUAUAUUGGAGAGGUGUAUGGUGUAGUGAAGGCCUACACAACAAGAGUGGGAAUUGGAGCCUUUCCCACUGAACAGAUAAAUGAAAUUGGAGACCUCUUACAGUCUCGAGGACAUGAAUGGGGAGUGACCACAGGCAGAAAAAGGCGCUGUGGCUGGCUAGACCUUGUCAUUUUGAGAUACGCUCAUAUGAUCAACGGAUUCACUGCUCUGGCGUUAACAAAACUGGAUAUUCUGGAUGUCCUUGAGGAAAUUAAAGUUGGUGUUGCUUACAAGCUGGGUGGGAAAAGAAUUCCAUAUUUUCCAGCUAACCAGGAGAUACUGCAGAAAGUGGAGGUGGAGUAUGAAACAAUGCCAGGGUGGAAGACAGACACAACAAGUGCCAGAAAAUGGGAGGACCUCCCACCCAAGGCCCAAAACUACAUCCGGUUUGUGGAAAACCAUGUUGGGGUGGCAGUUAAAUGGGUUGGAGUUGGAAAGUCAAGGGAAUCAAUGAUCCAGCUCUUUUAAACAUACAAGCAACUUCGGCAACUAAAAACAGAGUCAAGUAUUCAUCAGCUCCUCCCUGUUCCUGAGCUACAGUCAAGAUGCUGUUGAGAGCAAAGUGUUCUUCCUGGAUUAAGAUUAGACGUAUCUUGUAUAUCUCUCCCCCACCCCCCAAAUCAGGAAUACAGAAUAAGAGGAGGAGAUAUUUAGUGGAGGGGUGGGUGGGAAGAUUACAUCUGAAAAAAAGAAACACAUAUGGAAUUAUUUCUUCAAGCUGAUACUAAUAUUGCAUUGUAUACCAGACUUGGAGGUGAGGCCUGUCAUUGACCGAGGAAAGUCAUUUUGCUAAAGCACACAUAGGAAAUUCAAGAAACUGAAUACACAUAAUAGAAUUUUGUAUUGAUUGAUGUGCUUGCAAAAGGUAACUGAAAGAAUAAUUUUAAAUUUGUAGGACUCCAACUUCAAACAUUAUUCAUUUCGUUAAAUAAUUAGCAUACAUAGUAAAUUUGAAUUAUAGUAUAUUUGAAUCUGAGAAAGAUCUUCUGCUUCUCUUCAGCAUGAUGUUGUUUUUGAAUUAUUGGUCUUAUUGAGUGUAAAAAAUCUGUUGAGAACAGUAGCAGUUAAGAUAGGAGUAUAAUAUUCAGACUUGCUUCUUUAAUAAAUACCAAAACAAAAAACCCACUCCACAAUUUAAACCUUUCCCCCAGUAUAUUCUGGUGUAAAAAGUAAUGCAUUUAUCUAAUUUCAGAGGCAGGAUAGUUUAUCCAAAAGUUGGUACCUGUAGGUAAUUGCAAAGUAUGGUUUUAUUUUGCAUAAAUCCACAAACUCUUCAUAAUAAUGAAAUUCUUGGAUCUCUUUAAUGCAGCCAUCUAUAAUUAGUAUAUAUUAUGAAGAAAGAAUAUAAUGGUGAUGAAAUAAGUAUAUUCCCAUUUCUUCUUCUUUUUUGCACUUUAUUUUUAUUAGUUUUCUACAUAUCAAUGUGACUUCCAGUUCAUCUUUCAACCCAGUUAUACUACAACAUCCAUAUUUGUGCUCAUGUUAAUAUUUUCUUCAUAUUUAUAUAUCUAGUUAUUAUGUCUUAAUCCUUGGUUUCAUCACCAUAGUAAUCUAUUAGUUUCAUUACUAUAACAAAUUCCCCAACUGUUGUUUUUACAUUUCAACCCCCGUUAAUAAGUCCAAAUUCACAUUGUUUUUCAUAUACCGCAAAAAGGGUUUCCAAUCUUCUACAAAGUUUUCUAUAUGACUAUCUCUUACUAAUACAGUAAGUUUUGCCAUUUCUGCAUAUUCAUAUGCCUUCAUCCACCAUUCUUCUUUUGCUGGAAUUUCUGCAGAUCUCCAUUUCUGAGCAAGAACCAUUCUAGCCGCCAUCGUAAGAUAUAGGAAUGCCCAACGGAAAGGAUUCAGGUCUCUUAUGAAAUACACAUUUAAAAAUCUUUUUAAGUUCAUCAUAAAUCAUAUCCCAAAACCUCUUUACCUCUCUGCAGGACCACCAGCAUAUUCCCAUUUCUUCAAACAAAAUUCUUAGACCUCUUUAAGGCACACAAUAAAACAAAUAAAAGAACUUACAAAUCGAACAAACAUGUUUCAAAGUCUCAAUAUCAUCAAUGCUCUUUUUCAAGCAGCUGGGAUCAGUUGAGAUUAAACUCAGUAACUGAAACUAGAUAACCGAUCCAGGGACAGGAGAAAAGGAAAGUUGGAGGAGGAGAUGAGUGACUUCUCAAAAAUCAAUCUUUUUAUUUCUAAUAAAAUUUAAUUGCCUCUCUCAUUUAACAUUAUGGGUUCUAACUGUUCAUUAUACAUAGCCUCUUUAAUCUUAUGCUUCACUUUAUUUCCUUCAAUAGCUGGAAAUAAGCACCUUGGUUUGUGUAACUCUUCCUUCAUGUUUUUCUUUUGUAUGUUUUGCCCAGGGUUUCAAUUGAUCUUUAUUAUAUUGCAUAUAUUGCAUGCCUUAAAGAGGACUAAGAAUUUCAUUUGAAGAAAUGGGAAUAUGCUUAUAAUUUCAUCACCAUUAUAUCCUUUCAUCAUGAUAUAUACUAAUUAUAGAAGGCCAUCAGGAUGUUCUUGUGUCAGGAAGCAAUAAAGUGGCAGUGUGAGAUGUAUGUUGCACAUAGUUAGGUUGGUUAUGGAGCAGUAUGCUCCUUAAAAGCUAGCAAAACUGAGUAGCCCAGGGGUUCUUAUACUUGGGUCCCCAGAUGACGUUGGACUAUAACUUCUACUGGUUCAGCGCCGAACCAGUGCUCGAACCUUGGUUCAUGCACAUCCUUAUUGGCCAAUAGCUGUGCCUUUGUUUUGCCAACAGUAACAUGACAGAUAAUGGGUGGCUUCACACGAUUGACACAAAGUCUGGUUCUUGAGCCUUCUGUCCAACAUUUGUAACCAACUUUUGAAGAUGGGCAGAGCAUGUCUGAUGAAUGUUGGAUGGAAAACUCAGGAAUUGGACUUUGGAGGGUAUGCACGAUAUGCCUGCCGGGAGCAUGUACUCCCUGGGAACCAGACUUUGUGCCGACCGUGUGACACCACCCCACAAUUGCUUACCUGGGUCAUUGAAGUAGGCUCUGGCCCACACUUGCCACAAUAAGCUUGCUUGUAUUUUAAGGUGCCACAGAAUUUUUUUGGUUUUGCUACUAGAGACCACUCCGCAGUACCUCAUCUAGGUUAUUAUUUUUUAAAUCCUCUAGACUUCCUCGCCAUGUCUUAAUGAAAACUUACUUUCUAUUGCAUAGAUCAUGUGGGCUUACCUAUAGGUCUGAAUUAUUAUUGUUGUUGUAAAAUGCUUUUGAAAAGGUACUCUCCAUUAGGGUAGCUCUGUGUAUCUAAGAGAAACACUGCUAAUUGGUUUGCAUUCCUGUUAGAAAUGGCUGAGGACCCUUCCUUCAACUUGCAGUUCCUCAGCACCUGUGGACUUGGGCAAAGUUAACUAAUGUGACUCCUGCCUUGUAUUUACUAAGGUUGGAUCUAUGCACGUUAGCAAUUGCUCACAGGAAACAAUCCACAAGACUUGCGGUGUAUGACUCUUAACCCUAGUUUUGUAUUUGAAAUGACAUUGCUGUCCACUGACUGCAUCUGGCUGUUCCUGUAGCCUUAUUUUAUUUGACUGACAGAGAAUUUUCUUGAAUUGUUGAUUUUAUUUACUGGAAGUAUCUGUUUCCACAAAAUAAUACUACUGAAUAAAGUUCAGAUUGCUUUAUUUAUUAGAGAAUUACUGUACAGUCCACUUGGUUAUACAGUGUUAAGGAAUUUGUCUGAGGUUAAUAAUGAAUGUCAGUCUCUUGACUGUUUCCUGUUGUAUAUGAUUUGGUUAUAAUAAUUUAGUAUAACUCUGCUUAGCACACAGGCAAUAUUACUAAUCUGCUGAACUGAAAUGAUGGCAAGAUGAGGAAAAUGCCUUAAUUGUAUUACAGCAAGGACCAAAGGUCUGGUUCUAACUAACACUUUUUUGAUGCUUUGUAUUGCACUGUUGCUGGUGAUAGCCAGGUGUGUGCAUGCUACAAAUGCACAAAACAUAUACUUAAUGGGGUUUUUGUAUAUUGUAAAUGGAGCUGUACCUGUUUAUCCUACAGCUCUUUCCUUUUGCUUAAUAAAGCCUUACAUGAAUAAGGAGUGCUGAA